AUGGUGGAUCAGCGAGAAGGUUCCCUCAACAGGGGCAGCUCCGAGGAAGAGCGCAAGCCGACAGUAUCCCCUGCUAACGAACCACAAACAUCGACCAGGUUACUUGUUGUGAACCCCAAAGCGACCUUUGGGUCCGAUCAGCCGUUUCCCCAACAUCUUGCUGAUCUACUGGAAGAAUGGCACAAAGAGAAUGGCAGGGGACGACCGCCUUGUAACACGAAACAGCCUAGGAGAACCAAGGGUGCAUGGAAGACUUUCGACCGUCAGGGGAGGUAUCUGGAACUCUCCGCGUAUGCGAUUAAAGGGCCUGCCACGUACAAUGUUCUGGUGCUUCAUACUGCGGACGGGUCUGAGAGGCUCGUAGGUUCUUACUUCCCUUUCACCACGGUAUACGGUACCUUCCUGAAGGGUUGGCUGGGGGUUCAUGGUGGGUGGGAUCCUACACCUUGUGCAGUGCGGAAGUUCUCGGAUACUCUGGAUGAUCUGAGUUAUGAGCCUGAGGUGUGGAGCGCAUUUGAGGUUCUUGAGAUGCGGCGGAAUAAGGCACAGGCCCUGGCAUCAGGAGCGAGUGGGCAGCGAAGAAGUCUCCCGGGACCGUCUCAGAUGCAAAGACAGGAAACGAGGCCACAGAGAAAGAGCCUCCCAGGGCCGCUGGUCGCUACAAAUGAUCGUAGGGAUAACAUUGCACCUGGUACAUCGCCAUCAUCGGCAGAGGAAGAGUCAGACGAAGAAGACGACACUUCUUCGGAGUCCUCAUCGGACGAAGAGCCCGAGCCUACAUCUGCGCCUAAAAGGCGCCGAAUGAACGAGCCUAGCGUGCCCACGCAUCGAGAUCCCAAAGUGGUUUUCAAGUUGUUCUCGUAUAAAUCCGGAGCAGUUCGCUGCUUUCCAUUGGACGAAUGCCGGACUGGGAAAGAAUUCUUCGACAAGGCCCGGGCCUUUUUCCAACUUUUCGAUAGGAACGCAGAGGUGAGGAUCCUGUCAUGCCAGAUAGCAUCCCAGCCUCUACAGCAGUAUAUAUUUGAGGGUAGUGAAGGCGAGUUUGCUCUGCUCGUGGAGCAAGUGAAAAGCCUGGCUGGCGAUGGAGCUUUGACUGUAGAGGUCAGUCAUGUCUUAUCGCUUCACUGA